UUUAAAUAGUGUGUUCCGUCUCAGGAAGGAGUCAAAAUGUACGCGAAGACAGUUAUCGUCGCUUUGUUCUUGGCGAGUCUUUGCGGCGGCGGAGAUGCUUGCUGCAAGAAAUUACUCCUUUCCGAUGCGUGCUUCUGUAAGGCUCCUCUCUGCCUAGCACCGGCUCCGGCACCAGCGCCAGUCUGCUACGCUCUACCUGCUCCGGCACCGCCUCCAGUGUGCUUGUCACUGCCGCCUCCGCCGCCGCCACCACCGAUCUGUCUGGCACUUCCGCCGCCGCCACCGCCACCUCCGGUCUGCCUAGCUCUACCGCCUCCGCCGCCGCCACCACCAGCUUGUCUUCCCCCACCACCGCCACCGCCGGUCUGUCUUCCUCCACCGCCGCCACCGCCUCCACCACCGGUCUGUCUUCCUUCACCACCGCCACCACCGGUCUGUCUUCCCUUACCUCCACCACCGCCUCUGUGUCUUCCUCCUUCACCCCCGCUUUGUCUAUCUCCUCCGCCAACGUUUUGUCUACCUCCUUCGCUCCCGCUUUGUCUACCUCCUCCACCCCCGCUUUGUCUGCCUCCUCCGCCAACGUUUUGUCUACCUCCUUCGCUCCCUCUUUGUCAACCUCCUCCACCCCCUCUUUGUCUACCUCCUCCGCUCCCGGUUUGUCUACCUCCUGAACCACUUUGUCUUCCUCCCUCACCAAUCGCUCUUCCGCCUUUACCACUUUGUCUGCCUCCUGCAGGACUCCCUCUUCCGCUUUUGUCUCUAUUGCCUCCUCAACUCCAAAAGUUGCUCGGAUUACUAGCAUCACUUGGCAUACCCCCAUCGGCACUAGCUACGCUCCCUCCUGCUGCACUUGAAGCACUAGGCCUGUCCCCGGCACUUCUUGCACUUCUGGGUGUAGCACCUGGAGCAGCUCCUCCUGCCAAUCCUGGUAUCCUUCCCGCACUCCUUGCAGCUUUAGGCCUUCCCCCGGCACUUCUUUCAGCACUAGGUCUAGCACCGGGUGCACCCCUUCCUGCUCUCCCUCCUUCAGCACUUGCAGCACUCGCUGCUGCACUGGGCGCACCCCCUGCGCUUCCUCCACUACCCGCUGCAUAACCGUCUCUUAGCACUUUUCUUUUGACCAAGACUUACGUUACCCGUACGACCAGGUCCACUUCCUGUGUUGCCAACCCGUGCCAGUGUGUUAUUAGUAUAGUAUUUAUUGAAGUUCAGGAAUUAAAUUAUUCGUUUAGUAAA